UCAUCUAGACCAGUUUCUAGCUAUGGGCUAAGUCCUUCGGAAGCCGCCGACCCCGAACUCGUCCACGCUCUGGCGCUUGAACAGGCAAAGAUGCUUUCCGCCACUCUCACCGCGCUUCUCGCUUUAUUCAGCCUGGCACAGAGCAAACAUAAAGACUUUUAUACUUUCAGAGUUGUGAACAGCAGAGGCAAGUUAGUGUCACUUGAAAAAUACAGGGGCUCGGUCUCCCUGGUCGUGAAUGUGGCCAGCGAAUGUGGCUUCACUGAGGAACACUACAAAGCUCUCCAGAAACUGCAACGGGACUUUGGGCCACAUCACUUCAAUGUCCUGGCGUUCCCCUGCAACCAAUUUGGACAGCAGGAACCCGGCAGCGACAAGGAGAUCGACAGCUUCGUUCGCAGAGUCUACGAAGCCUCUUUCCCCCUGUUUAGUAAAAUUGCUGUUGUAGGAACAGGAGCUAACAAUGUCUAUAAGUUCCUUGUUGAGUCCUCUGGUAAGGAGCCUGACUGGAAUUUCUGGAAGUACCUUCUCGAUGUAGAUGGAAAAGUGGUGGAUGCAUGGGGACCAAAGGUUUCUGUUGAAGAAAUACGUCCAAAAGUAGCAGAAAUGGUGCGGCAGAUAAUCUUAAAGAAGAAAGAAGAGUUGUGAUAUCCUAUGUCUGUAGAUUCUCAGCCAUCCAGGUCAUGGGCAUCCGCAAAGCUUGAAUCAAGGCAGGUGGAAUGUUCUUGUUGAAGACGUUUCACCUUUAAUUCAAAAGGCUUCUUCAGGUCAAAAUGUUGAGGUGUGGAGUUACCCUAUUUAUCCCUCGGUGGGUGUGUCCCCUGGGUCUGUUCAACAAUAGGAUUGUUGUUGUUCCCUGGCUUGGUAAGUGAAACGACCAUCCUCAUCUUGCGUCGAAACAGCUGGUUACGGCUCUUCCUGUUGAAUGAGGCGAUCUUUGGGGGUAGAGAUGUCAGGACAUUGUUGGAGAAUCAGAAGCCUCUUUAUUGCCAAGGAUGUCAAAAACACACAAGGAAUUUGUCUCCGGUAGUUGCAGCUGCUCUCGUAUGACAAUUGACAGCCAUUUUGCGAGUGAAUACUCUGAGACAUAAAAACACACUAAAUGGCAAGAGGGAAGAAGCUGUUGGAAUGUCGGCGAGUUUUAGUUGGCAUUGUUCGAUAGCACCUACCUGAGGGGAGGAGCAGGAAGAGGGGGUGACCAGGAUGUGGGGGGGUCCAAGAGGAUUUUGCACGCUUUUGUCUUUGUUCUGGCAGCGUGCAAACCCUCAAGGGUGGGUAGGGGCGUGCCGACGAUUUUUCAGUCCCUUUGCAGUCGGGAGUUUUGUGGCGGCACCAAAAAUCAGACUGUGAUGGAUGAACACAGGACUGAUUCGAUGACCGCUGUGUAGAACUGCCUCAGCAGCAGGCCGUGCUUCCUCAGAAGCCGCGGGGGAAGUGCAUCCUCUGCGGGGCCUUUUUGAGGACGGAGUUGAUGUUGGUCGCUCACUUCAGGUCCUGAGGGAUAAUGUCUCUUCCCCCCAAAGAGCACGUCAUCCGAUGGGAAAAGAGACCCAAACAAGCUGUUUUGCCAGACCAGCAAACAAGGGAUUCGUAUGCAGGGCGGUGAUUUCCCUCACCAAGCCGGGGCAACAGCAAAAACACCCCAUUGUCGACCACACCCAGGGAAGAUACACAGUGAGGGAUAAGUCGGGAGAUGCCACACGCAAACAUUUUGAAUUGAAGAAGCCUUUUGAGUAACAGGCAAAAUGGCUUCAAGAAACAAGUCGUCCAGCCGCCUCGAUUCAACCAUUGCAGAUUGUAUUAUCCUACUUCACCUUCUGAUUGUGCACUCCACUGUUUUGCAUGAGUAGAUUCAAAUGAAUUUCCUCAGGGAAACAAAUCAUCGAGCAUCAAAUUCAUUCUGCAAGAAAGCAUUUGUCAAGCACUAAUUAAACACCCAAAAACAUGUUUCCCCAUUGAGUGUAUGUGAUACGUUUGCUUUCGUAUUCAUCCAUCCAUUUUCUGAGCCGCAUAUCCUCAUCACAAGGGGCACGGGAGCGCCGGAGCCUAUCCCAGCUAUCAUCGGGCAGGAGGCGGGGUACACCCUGAACUGGUCGCCAGCCAAUCGCAGGGCACAUCCAAACAAACAACCAUCCGCACUCACAUUCACACCUACGGGCAAUUUGGAGUUGUCAAUCAACCUACCAUGCAUGUUUUUGGGAUGUGGGAGGAAACCGGAGUACCCGGAGAAAACCCACACAGGCGCGGGGAGAACAUGCAAACUCCACUCAGGCGGACUGAACCCCGGCCCUGAGAACUGAGACGCAGACGCUCUAAGCAGUCGCCCACCGUGCCGCUGGUUUUGUAUUCAUUUGUAUGAUUCUUAUUUUUUCGCAAUAAAAUUUGCUUUCAUGGUAA